ACUGUCAUGAAACAAGCGCACCAACGGGGAACAUUAGCAGACAGGCUCAGCGACGUGAGGAUGAAGCACAAGGAUGUUAUCAUUAUGGAUAAACACGAAGUAGAAUAUUGAUUCAGGACUCUUGGCUGAGAGCAGAUUUUGUGUUGGUUGGAUAUUUUAAGUAAUCUUGAACUCGACUCUGCGUGUGCUGGGGUCUUAAGCUUUUGCUAACUCCCUGUUGUCAUCAGCUGUGCUAUUGUGACUCAGUGGUUUAUUAGAGUGGGGACAUGUCCGAGUCCGGCCACAGCCAGCCUGGGAUGUAUGGGCAGGGACGCAGGAGGAGGCGGCGCCGGGGAGACCGAGAUGUUGGACUCCCGGGGCAAAACCUGUCUGGUCCCAGCCGGGAUCGAGAAUAUCAACCGAGAGAACGGAGGGAUGGGAGUGAGGAUCCGCCUGGUCCACUCAUUCAGAAAACCCCCAUCAUUCUUGCAAAGCCUCCAGGGGAAAGGGCCAAGCCAUCACAGAAUGCACCUGUCAGUGGAGCUCCAGUCUUGGAGAAGCCCAUCAUGCUGAUGAAAGCCAGGGAUGAUACAGGGAAGACUGGGACACCUCCAGAGGCAGCAGCUCAGCCCUCUGGUCCUGGGCCCUCUAAGAUGGAGCGAGAAGGACAGCGACCUACACAGCCUGUGUACCAGAUCCAAAACCGAGGAAUGGGUGCCUCCGCAUCUAGCAGUGCUGUGGAUCCCAUGGUUGGACAGUCUAAGCUUCUUCCUCCAGAGAAGAUGAAGCACAGCAUUAAACUUGUUGACGAUCAGAUGAACUGGUGUGACAGUGCUAUGGAGUAUCUGAGAGACCAGACAGAUAUGUUGGUGGUGGGAGUUAUAGGCCUUCAGGGAAGUGGGAAAUCUACGAUCAUGUCACUGCUAUCUGCCAACACCCCUGAGGAAGAUCAAAGGAGUUAUGUCUUUAGAGCCCAGACUCCAGAAAUCAAGGAGAGAGGAGGGAACCAGAGCACAGGAAUUGAUUUCUUCAUCACACAAGAGAGAGUCAUUUUCCUGGAUACUCAGCCGAUGCUCAGCCCAUCUAUUCUGGACCACCUCAUCAACAAUGACCGGAAGUUGCCUCCAGAAUACAACCUCCCUCACACAUAUGUUGAGAUGCAGUCUCUCCAGAUUGCUGCCUUCUUGUUUACUGUGUGCCACGUGGUCAUUGUGGUCCAAGACUGGUUCACCGAUUUAAACCUCUACAGGUUUCUUCAGACUGCUGAGAUGCUGAAACCUUCCACUCCGUCUGCAAGCCAUGACAGUACGGGCUCUUCAGGCACUGAUGAUGGAGCAGAGUACUAUCCUCAUAUAGUGUUCCUCCAAAACAAAGCCAGACGAGAUGAUUUCUGCCCAAGGAAUCUGAAUAACAUGUACAGAGUGGUGGAUAAAUUAAUGACCCAUUCCCAUCUCAAGUACAAAGGUACACUGUCCAUGCUAGACUGCAAUGUCUUCCCUGGACUGAGAGCAGAUUAUCUGUCGCCUGAGGUCAACAUGUUCCUACUUCCUGUGCAGGAGAAUGAUGGGGAGGAUGGUCUGACUAAAGCAGGGUCAGGAACAUACCCGCUCUUUUCCCUGCUCCCGGGGUACAGAGGACAUCCUUCUUUCUCCACCAUGGUUUCAAAAUUGCGCAGCCAAAUACUGAGCAUGCCAAGAUGCCAGCUGUCACACACAAUCCUCACUGAGAAGAACUGGUUUCAUUAUGCAGCUCGCAUCUGGGAUGGAGUGAAAAAGUCGUCAGCGCUGUCAGAAUACAGCCGUCUGCUCUGCUAACACCGCGGUUGAAUUGCCGUUGUAUGCAAUAGUGGUGCGGACUCUUGUGUGCGGUUUUCACGUCACAUAGAGUAAAAUGUGGUCCCGGUAGUAGAGGCUGCCAAGUGAAACACAGGAGCAUGAUAUGUGACGAAGAGUCAACCUUAAUGCAGGAUGAUGCCACUUUGUGUGGACUUGUAGAUCCUGCAGAGUGUUCGCACACAGAGAAAGGUACCUAUGCUUGCCCUUCAGCAGUAACGGCUGCCUGCUGUUUGGCAGUGGCUCAAAAGACAAAAUAUUGUCUGUACAUGUCCAAAAACGUUUUUUGUAAGGCAGUAUUGCCAUGUCGCAACAAUUUUCACGGCACACACAUGUCUGAGAUGGAUAUAUUGCUUGUGGGUUCUUUUUUUUUAUUAUUUUCUUUGAAACAAGACUAAAAAAAAGUAUUGUUUACCAGUUCCUGAUAAAUAAAAGGAAAACAUCGGGUGUGGAUCUUAAACUGCUGUUUUUCAUUGCACAGGGCUGUUGUACUUUGCCAGGAUGGGGCAAGUCACUCACAGCCACAUUCUUUUACAAGACAACAAUAACAUUUUAAUAUGAAUACAAUUAUUCGAAAAGAGCACACCCUCCUUUGGCUUUGUAACAUGACCGACUCUCCCCUUAUCCCUCUCCUGCCUCAACACGUAUCUGUACCUACAGUCACAUAGUAUUUAUACUAUUUUACUGUAUGUUGUACUUUGCCUAUAGAAAAUAAAGCAUUUGUUCAGGGAACCCCUACUAAAAAGCCAUUAUAAGGAGAAACCAAGUACAAACACCUGUUUUUUAGUCCACAGUAGACGUGCAGUGAUAAAUUGAUUAAGUGAAUUAAGCAGAUAAUUUCUCUCUGUUUAGACUGUGCAUUCAAGAUGAUCAUUGGCAUCAUGUGCUCAUUCAAAUAACUACUGCAGAGGAGGAACAUGGGCUUCGAUCUUUCCUGUUCCGUUCCCUGUAUAUGGCAGGAUUUGGGUAGACACAUUGGUGUAUUGCUAGUUUGGCAACCACCUCCAACAAACGCUGACUAGCAGGGCAACCUUGCCUUAAUCUACAGAACGUGUUUUGUAGAUUAUAUUAUAGAUUAUAUUAUAUAAGAACAUGACAAUGUACAACAGCCUCUUCAUGAUAAAUUGAAGAGUUACAUCUGUAUAUGAAAGUGGGUGUGCUUCUUCAGUCUGAUGGAUGCGGUGUGAAGGUAUUCAAAGCAGUUAACGUCUAUUAUGAAAAGUCUUUACAAAUCUUUUUACAAAAAUUUGUGCAAAUGUAUUUUAAAACAACUCUGAAAGAAGUAGUAUCUAAAGUAUCUCUUACCUCAGAGUUUGCCUCAGUGAGUUACAUUUCUUCCGCUGACCUGCCUCAAAUAAACAGUAUUUGCAUCUUGCAAAUAGAAUUAAAAGCUUUA